UGCCAUUUCCGGAGGGCCCCGCAUGCCUGUUGUAGAUAAUUGCUGCCACCUUUCUCCACUACUUUUUGUUCUGCGGCAUUCAACCCCAGAUACGGCGAGAGGUCCUUCCAGUCAACUAUGUUCUUCGCUAUCCUUGCUCUGUCGAUGUCGCAUAUUUUACUGUCCGGCGACGCCAUGCCCGUGGGGGGAAGGAGGGGCGCAG